UUCAACGAGUUUUAUCAACCUGCAUUUACAAUGUAUAUAUCAACACCCUGUACAUGACCGGUAUCAUACACCACCCACAGUGUCUGCGUAGUCAGCAUGCUCGACCCGGCAAUGUUCGGCUGCGCCACUCUGGUUUCCGCUCCCGUAAAAGAAGGACCUCGUAACGUCUCUUUCGUUCAUUUACAACCACCUGUUCAUCGAGAAAGCAUCGGGAUUCUUUUAGUUUAUCUAUCAGUUGUCUAUUACUCGUGAGGAACGGGUGCAAGAGGAACCAGAAUGAAGAACAAUGCGAUUUCCGGUCUUCCGCUAUCUGUCUGUGCGUCCAUUUGCGCGCUAAUAAUCCUGAUUUCCUUCACCGAUAAUUCUUAUGCUAAACGUGGUUGUUCUGCAUUUGGACAUUCCUGUUUCGGUGGUCACGGCAAGAGAUUUGAUCCAAAUAUACAGGAAAAGAUGCUUCAAGAUGAUGAUACGAUUACCAAUAGACAUCGAGAAAUAGAAGAUUUAAACUCACGUAAUGAAUUCGAUGUUUCUGAUAAAAAGUUUGGAGGACAGACAGAGAUACUUUCCUCUCAGAGUCAUCAUCAAGAUUCUUCGAGAUUCAAUCCUUUCGCAUUAUCUUUUAUCGUUCGACAAUGGUUGACGUCGCAUCGUUUUCAUCAACCGGAUAUGGAACUUAAUAACAAAUAAAUGGAUAGGAUUUCUACUAUAUUUUGAAUUUGAAACAAAGAAUUUAAAAAACUUUAGAAAACAAAUAUAAAAUGAAAAUUGAUAAAUGAAAAUAUUUUAAUAAAAUUUUCCGACUGUUGUUACAUUAUAAUUUUAAUAAUUUUCUAUUUUAUUUUUCAAAUUCUAUAAAUAAAAUAAAUUAUAUUUAAAUAAUUGUUAAGAUAAUACAUAUAUUAUAAAACUAGAAUAUUUUUAUUUCUGUUUUCAGUUAUUUAAAAUUAAUAAACAGAAAUUAUAUUAUAUUAUCUCUAUAUCUAUGGUUUUAAUGAUGAAUGACAAUUGUUAUUAUUCUACUUAAAUUAUAUGUAAGCAAAAAGUAGAACAAAUAAAACGUUAUUCCUUAAAACAUUUA